CGGUGGUCAUUGCCAAAGAGUGAGCAGCACAUGAAUCCUCCCGGUCAUCAGGCAGAGCUCUUCAGUGAGGUGGGUUCAGGGAGGGCUCUGUGCCUCUGCUCAGCAGAGCUGCAGCUGCUGCCCAGAUCUCAGGAGGCGAGCUGGACACUCUCACUCAGCUGCAGGAUCAGGGACAGCAAGGUUCAACCCUGCCUGAGCCAUGCCAGCCAACUUCACAGAGAGCAGCCUCGAUUCCAAUGGGACCAGGCAGACGCCGGAUUCCUCCCCAGUGGCUUGCACUGAAACAGUGACUUUUACUGAAGUGGUGGAAGGAAAGGAAUGGGGCUCCUUCUACUAUUCCUUUAAGACUGAGCAAUUGAUAACUCUGUGGGUCCUCUUUGUUUUUACCAUUGUUGGAAACUCCGUUGUGCUUUUUUCCACAUGGAGGAGAAAGCGGAAGUCGAGAAUGAUCUUCUUUGUGACUCAGCUGGCCAUCACAGAUUCUUUCACGGGACUGGUCAACAUUCUGACAGAUAUCAUUUGGCGAUUCACUGGAGACUUCGUGGCACCUGACCUGGUUUGCCGAGUGGUCCGCUAUUUGCAGGUUGUGCUGCUCUAUGCCUCUACCUACGUCCUGGUGUCCCUCAGCAUAGACAGGUACCAUGCCAUCGUCUACCCCAUGAAGUUCCUUCAAGGAGAAAAGCAAGCCAGGGUCCUCAUCGUGAUUGCCUGGGGCCUGUCUUUCCUGUUCUCCAUUCCCACCCUGAUCAUAUUUGGGAAGAGGACACUCUCCAACGGUGAAGUGCAGUGCUGGGCCCUGUGGCCUGACGACUCCUACUGGACCCCGUACAUGACCGUCGUGGCCUUCCUGGUGUACUUCAUCCCUCUGACAAUCAUCAGCGUCAUGUACGGCAUUGUGAUCCGAACUAUUUGGAUUAAAAGCAAAACCUACGAAUCAGUGAUUUCCAACUGCUCAGAUGGGAAACUGUGCAGCCGCUACAACCGAGGACCCAUUUCAAAGGCGAAACUCAAGGCUAUCAAGUACAGCAUCGUCAUCAUUCUUGCCUUCAUCUGCUGUUGGAGCCCAUACUUUCUCUUUGACAUUCUGGACAAUUUCAAUCUCCUUCCAGACACCCAGGAGCGUUUCUAUGCCUCUGUGAUCAUUCAGAACCUGCCGGCAUUGAAUAGCACCAUGAACCCCCUCAUUUACUGUGUCUUCAGCAGCUCCAUCUCCUUCCCCUGCCCGGAGCAAAGAUCACAGGAUUCCAGAAUGAUGUUCCGGGAGAGAACUGAGAGGCGUGAGAUGCAGAUUCUGCCCAAGCCAGAGUUCAUGUAGACCCCGGGGCAGUACCAACGCUAGGCUGAGCACCGUCAGCUCUCCCAGGUCGCUGUCACCCGCUUGGGCACAUGCAUGGAACCUGAGCCGACUUCACCCACCCUCGCCAUCACCUGGGAGAUGCACAAGACAAAUGUUCUAUUGAGUCCAUGCACUGCAUUAAGUAUUGGCCAACACGAACUCCCCAGUUAUUCAUGCCAGCCAGGAAGGAAACGCCUUCCCUCCCCACCAUUCCCAGUCCUCCUUCCCACCGGCCAGCACCUGAAUCCAGUGAACACAGGCAUCGGUGGCCCAGGGUCCUGGCUUGGAGCCAGUGAGUAGACAGGCAAGCAGAAGGGACAAAAGUAGCAGGGUUAUGCGUGAAUCUUCUCACUACAAUACAAGAAGAAAAUAAAAUACUUAAUUAAGCCUAGACUUUUUGCCCGGUUUUGGAUUGGAGGUUCACUGCUUGUAGCCAAGGAAGUGUUUGUCCUUGAAAUGCCAACACAUUCAUUUUCAGGUAUUGGCGCUUUGUACCUCUUCUGCAGAUCGCCUUGGUUUGCCGCUGAGUGUGCUGGCAGCAGGCAAGUGCAUCUCCAUCAACAACUGAUUUGUGGAAAGGGCACGCUGUUGGCCCUCCCGAACGAGGUCGAACAAAGGGAUACUGGCUCGGUUAGAAAACAAGUUGUGUUGAAAAGCCAUGGACCCCUGACUUCCAGCCUCUGAGAGCUGGUCCCUAGAACACACAUGUCCUUGAGGCUGUCUGAGACCUCUUGCUCUGUAUUCAACACUUGGGCCACUCUGGGCUCCAUCCCUCACACCUCGAGAACAAGUCUUCCCCUUCUUAACUACCUGGACCCUCUCUUUCGUUGGGAGCUGGGUUCCUGUGGCUUUUCCAGGCUCCGUGUUUCGCUAAGCUCUUCAUCGUUUUUGCUUGUCACAUCCUUUGUCUAGCACCUCGGCCGGGAAGAGCUGGUGGGGCUUAUUUUGACAGGUCUGGAGUAUGGCACUUACGAGCAUAAUCCAAGUGAAAUAUGACUUAAUGUUUUCUAGUCAAUUUCUCCCAUCAGAUUUUCCACAAGUGGAAGUGAAAUAAUUUCAUCUGAUCAUGUAUACAUCCCACCCACGGCUCUGGGAUGCGCGUGAGCACCUUAUUUUAGCUUCACAUAUAUUCCUGACAUUAAAGUCUCCUUGGCAAAAUCCUCCUUCCCAGAAUUAUUCAGAGCUUAAAUCAUUUUUUUUUCUUUUUCUUUUUGGCAUACUGCUAGUGGAGUCAUUAAACUGUUCAGUAUAUUUUAAUAGCACUCCAUUCCUCACUGUGGUGUCAACUCAAAGUCUGCAUGCUUAAGGUCAUGUGGGCUGUUUUUUUUUUUUUUUUUUUGUAAACUCUCUUUUCAAUUCGAUCUGACCUUAGGGAAAGUAUCUCUUUAAGAGGAAAUCAGACUCCUCACUCACCACCUCUCCGAGAAUUAUUCUCUGAAUUUGAGAAGCCUGAAUAAUCUAAUUUUAUUUCUACACGAUACUUUUGAAGGCUGCCUCCCUCUCUGUCCAAUCAGCUAAACUUGAGCAACCCUGGAAGCUUUGAAGAGUUGAGAAAUGCUUUUCAACAUUUCACUUUAAAUCAAGAUGUGCCGCAGAAGACCCACGGAACUGUUGCUAAAAUAGCUGCCUGCACAGGCGCCAAUUAACAGACAAAAAACUGGCGUUGUCCUAGAUGGCAAAACGGGAGGACCCGGUUCUCCUGACAGAUGCUUUCAAUCUUUGUCAAGUCUGGUCUGCAAACUACAUUGCGUGCCUACCUCAUCCAUCAGUAGAUUAUCGAAGUGAAGGAGAAAUAUAGUGAGGGGCGUUGUGAGCUACAGAAACUGUGAAUGUGAUUUCAUAGUGGUGAUGCUGCCUCUCUCAUUUCCCAUGAAGACUGAAGAUCAAGAAGGUUAGGGUACAGGUUGCUGCAGGGUAAUCUGCCAUUUAAAUGAAACUUGCUUGAUAGUGGUAUGAAUUCUAGAACUGUCAUUUCCGUGUAUUUGCUGAGCUGGGGAAACAUGACUUAAGCAUUAUGAAAAUACUGGUAAUUGAUAGUCUUGUGACCUUCAACAAAUCAUUUCACACCUCUGGGCAUCAGUGGUCUCAUCUGCAAGAUGGGGACAAAGUCAGCCUGGAGCAGAGGAUCUUGGUGGUUCCUCCCAGACACAGGCUCUGAGAGUGAGAGCUUCUAGAAUUCUUUCCCCAGGGGACCAAUGAUUCAGUGACUUGAUGCUGAGUCACUUGCCCUUCAGAGGUAUAACUUCCCUGUCUAUCACCAUGAAUGCAGAGAAAUAUCAUCUCCCAACUGAGACAUGCCGUUUGAGCUCUUGGAGAAAAUUAGAAGCUUGAUACGGUGAUGUUACUGUUUGCAGCCUUUGAGGCCCAAGUGGAAUCAGAGAAGCCAGCAGAGUGGUGCCUAAGAUGUCACCUAAGAUGUCACUUUUUGAGAAUAUCAAAAAGGAAUAAAAACCAAGAUGUCAAAAAGUCUGUGGUUACAUUACUGCAUAGCUUCAGGGACUGGAGAAAAUUUAGGAGAGCCAGAGUGGGUGUGCUCACUGUAUUCAGCCACACUCUAGAAAAUAAGUGUCUCCACUUUACUGAACUAAACUAAACGUGAAUGGUAAAACCUUCUCUGCUUUCAGGGUGCACGUGGACAUAAUUCAGUUGAAUUCAGUGAAUUACUUUCACUAAGCAACAUCUCCCACCUUUUUCCCCAGAAAAUGGUAACACCUUUUUAAUGACUUUCAUUUGCGAACAAUCAUGAGAAAAAAGGAGUCCCUUUGAAACCAGCCCAACCGGCAGCUUAAACUUCCCGGCUUUGUUUGGAAAAUUCUGUAUACACAUAUACAGAAACGACCUUGCCUUUUCCAAGUGCAUUCACAGUGCCAAUCAGAAAAGGCCACAAGCCUGAGUCUGAGAGAAAAAAUGGAAAACAAAAAUCUUGAGCAGGAAAUAAAGUGAUUCUGCUCUCCUGGAAUUAUCUUCGGUGAGUUACUCCAAGUUAUUCUUCAUCG